AUGCCGGAAAAUUCUAAAAUGUUGCAUGAAAAAAUUCAACAAGUCUUCGCGACGUUAAUUGACCUGAACGACAUCUUUGAUGAGGACAAAAUAGAAAGUGUUCAAGAAUUUACAUGCCGAAUGUACGGAAUGAACAAUUGCCAAAGCGUUAACACUGGACGAUUUAUCAUGUUCAACAAGAUUUAUGCGGCAAAAGAGAAUAAUGAAAAAUUCAUUAAAAAAAUCAAAGGCUUAGAUUCAACCCAUAUUUUACCGUGUUGGAAGUCAUUAAAACAAAAGAUGCUACGCACCAUUUUCGUCAAUUAUAUGUGGCUCAAUGCUACUGAGUUCGACUGUUUAAAGUUUAGUGCGGAAAAUAAUGGUUGGCUUUUUUUGGAUGGUUUCCUGAAACCAACAUGGUUUCUGGGAAGUUCAACUCCGAUACAAGUUGAAAAUGUGUUAUGCAACUCAGCUAACAAAUCUUCAGAUGAUGAAGAACAUUCAGAUUGCGACGGCGAUAGUGACAACUGCGAUUAUGAAAGCAACGAGGAAUCGGACUUCGACUAG